AAAUCCGUUGGAAGGGUACGGCCCUGGAGGUCGGUCGCGCUGUCAGAGGAGCGCGACGGUGCGCCGGACGCUCGCUUGACUAAGGGAGUGCCCGUCCCGAUGCAAAGUGUAAGUGAAGUGGCCUACAGACCUACAUUUCUCUAACGUUCCAUUUUUUCAAGCCGACGAACAGGAGGUUAAGAAUUCGCGCGGGUCACCAUUUUACACGGACGCGUGCGAUGUCGCCGUUGUGUGAUACGUCGAUCGGCUCUCGAUAGUGAGAGAGACACGGUGUAGCAGUUUCUCUCGCCGUGGAACGUUCUGUCGGUGCUGCCCGGCGGCGCGGGGAGAGUUCAAAGAAAGAGCGAGUGAGAGAAAGAGGGAGAGGGAAAGAGAGCUAGUGAGAGAGCGAGCGCGCGCCAGCCAGCCAACCAGUCAGAGAAAGAGAGAGAGAGAGAGAGAGAGAGAGAGAGAGAGAGAGAGAGAGAGAAAGAGAGAGCACGGGACGGGCAAUAGACGGAGACAGUGAGAGUCGUGCGCGCGCCCGCGGGCCGCAAUAAGAGGGAGAGUGCGGCGGUGUGCGAGAGAGGAGCCACAGAGAGAAACGGAUCGUACUGAACGGAGAGGGAAUUAAAUGCUUGUGUAGGUGCUCUCGAGAGAGCGGGAGCGCGCGCGCGCGCUCGAGCGAACGGCUGCGAGAGGGAGAGAGAGGAGAAAGAACGAACGAAAGAACGAACGAAAGAGCGUACGAGCGAGAGCGAGAGCGAGAGAGAGAAAGAGAAAGAGAGAAGAGCAAGUGCGUGCGUGCGUGCGUCGUACGUACGUACGUGCGUGCGUGCGUGCGUGCGUGCGUGCGUACACGGUGGAGAAGAGAAGGUGUCGUUGAAGGGGGAGGGAGCCUCGUUCGUUCGUUCGUUCGUUCGUUCGUUCGUUCGUUCGUUCGUCUCUCCGUCCGUUCGUCCGUCCGUCCGUCCGUCGUUCGCUCGUUCGUAGGAAUGCACGACGGUCGAAUGGCUACAGGCUCGGGGGAAGGUGGCAGGGGCGGAGGGGGGCCCGUGGCACCUCUAGACAACAACUCCACCGCAACGACUACCCUUACGGAAUCAACGACAUCCUCCUCGUCGGCCGCUCCCUCUUCCUCCUCCUCUACCUCAUCUUCUAGCUCGUCCUCGUCGUCUUCGAAUACCGCCGCGAUAUUGACGGAAAAUCACGCGAAUGCAACUAAUCUACCAUUGACCACGGGAUCCCUGCAGCCGCAACAAGCUCUUCAUCAUCAGCAACAUCAACAACAGCAACCACAACAACAACAACAACAACAACAACAACAGCAGCAGCAACAACAACAACAACAACAACAACAACAACAGCAGCAGCAGCAGCAACAACAGCAAUCACGGAUCAGGCUCGAUCUGCUCACCGAUUUGCCCGCCAAUGAUGCUUCAGGGGCUGGAAGUAGCAACGGAGCUGGACCUGGCGGCAACAGCAAUACCAAUGGCAGCAAUAACAGUAACGCUAACAACAACAACAACAACAACAGCAGCAGCAACAACAGCAACAACAACAGCAACAACAACAGCAACGUGCCGAGUGGCGGCAACUCGUCUGUCCUCGAAGGUAGUGCCGGUGGAGGAGCCGGUGGAGGAGCCGGUGGAGGUUACAGCACCAGUACCGCCAGUUCUGCUGGCAAUGCCGGCGGAGGCAACGGUCCUGGUAGUACCGGACCCGGUCCUACCGCUAGCAACGCGACAACUGGAACCUCAGCAACUAGCGGCAAUGUUGCUGUACACACCGGUACUCUUUGUCAUCCUAGCUUGGGCCAGGUCGGGGUUGGUAUCGUGACUGGCUCGCUACCCUGUCCCUCCGAUUUCCCUGACACCAAGGACAUCGUUAUCGAGGAACUCUGCCCGGUCUGUGGCGAUAAGGUCUCAGGAUAUCACUAUGGAUUACUCACCUGUGAAUCUUGCAAGGGUUUCUUCAAGCGCACCGUCCAAAACAAGAAAGUCUAUACGUGCGUCGCCGAAAGAUCCUGUCACAUCGACAAGACGCAGAGGAAGCGGUGUCCCUACUGUCGCUUCCAAAAGUGUAUCGAGGUCGGCAUGAAGCUUGAGGCUGUGCGGGAGGACCGCAUGAGAGGCGGUAGAAACAAAUUUGGGCCGAUGUAUAAGAGAGACCGAGCGCGGAAACUACAAAUGAUGAGACAACGGCAGCUGGCACUGCAAACGAUAUGCGGUAGUCUCGGCGAUCCAUCAAACUAUACUUCCACCGUAACACCUUUCCUGCACAUCAAGCAGGAGAUUCAAAUACCUCAGGUCUCGAGUCUAACGUCCUCGCCGGAUUCGAGUCCGUCUCCGGCGGCGGCUGCGGUGGCCGCUGCCGCUGGUGGCCUCCUCACCACGCAAUCCGCCGGCGGUGGUGCCGGAGGCGGCGGCGGUGGUGGCGGAGGAGGAGGCGGCGGAGGAGGAGCUGGGCAGCAUCAACUGAUCGCCCCUUCCUCUCAGCAAAACCUCGCCGCCGGUAAUCACCUGCACAACCUCAACCCUGGCCUCGAUAGCAAGCUAUGGCCCGCUAAUUCGACCACCCCCAGUCCGAAGGCCUUCAACUUUGGCGAACAGUCGGCACAACCCCACGGACCGCCGCCGGCCUCCGCGCCUUCUACCGCGCCCUUGAAAACUAGUCCGCUGAUAAGAGACUUCGUGCAGACGGUCGACGACCGCGAGUGGCAAGCGUCCCUCUUUGGGCUCUUGCAGAACCAAACGUACAAUCAGUGUGAAGUGGACUUAUUCGAACUAAUGUGCAAAGUGCUCGACCAGAAUCUUUUCUCGCAGGUCGACUGGGCCAGGAACUCUGUAUUCUUCAAGGAUCUCAAGGUCGACGACCAAAUGAAAUUACUGCAGCACUCCUGGUCGGACAUGUUGGUGCUUGAUCAUCUACAUCAAAGGUUGCACAAUAAUCUACCCGAUGAGACCACGCUUCACAAUGGCCAAAAGUUUGAUCUUCUGUGCCUAGGCCUACUCGGAGUUCCUUCCUUGGCAGAUCUUUUCAACGAUUUGUCCUCCAAACUUCAGGAGCUCAAAUUUGACCUGUCUGAUUACAUUUGCAUGAAAUUCCUGAUGUUGCUUAAUCACGAUGUUCGCGGUCUGGUUAACAAAAAACACGUACAGGAAGGUCACGAACAAGUUCAGCAGGCACUUUUGGAUUACACAUUAACUUGUUAUCCGUCUAUACCGGACAAGUUUAAUAAGCUGUUAGCAGUAUUACCAGAAAUCCAUGUGGUACGAGUAGGGGAGAAGACCAUCUUUACCAGAAGCACUGUAAUGGCGGUGCUCCAACUCAAACGCUUCUUAUGGAGAUGCUUCACGCCAAGAGGAAAUGAGACGAUAGAUUCGUGUGCCGACUCUACCGUAAAAUAAUAAUCCAUUGGUAUGUACUAUAUUUUAAAUACAUUGGUAGAGUCCUCGAAAUGUCAGACAGAGUGGACCUCAAAGUACCUAUUAUGAGCUAACUCGGCUUAGGUAUCGGACCAAGUUAGAUAGCCGUGGUUCAUAAAAUACCUAUGCAAACAAAUCAAGUAUAGACGUACAUACUUUACAUAUAUACAUAGUAUAUGUAUUAUAAAAUGUAUCUAAAUAUAUAAACAUAAUGACAUAUAUUUUCUAUAUUUGAUGUUGAAGUUUUAGAGAUGUAUCCGUGGAAAAAAUUACCCCUGUUGGUGAUACAAGCGCAGGGAAACAGUAAGCAAGAUGCCUUGAAAACAGUACAAAGGGUGGUUAACAAAAUAUUGGUCAAAGGGCAGGCAACUUUGUCAAAAUAAGCAAAGCUAUUUUUCUAAUACUAGAUGCGAUUAUUUUUAAGCAUACCACUGAAGCCUUGCUCACACUCGAACGAAAUAUUCUAAUAGUAACAAAAAUCAGAUCUCUCAGUUGAUCGUGCUUCUGCAAGAAAUUCAAUUAUAGGAAUAUUUGAGUGAUAGUCAAAUCACGUAUAUGAUUCUAUGUAUUCACGCGGAUAAUGUACACGAGCCGAGAGAAAGAGAGAGAGAGAGAGAGAGAGAGAGAGGAGUGCAGGUGGAUUUGUGCGUGUGUGUGCGUGCGCGUAUGUGUGUGUGCGCGUGUGUGUAUGUGUGUAAGAGAGAGAGAGAGAAAGAGAGAAAGAAAGAGAGAGUGCUUAUGCGCUCAUUAAAAGCACGGUUAUAUCUGGACAUCGUUAAAACUUCCUACAAAAAUCUGCAUUUUUCACACUUGCACAUAGCAGGGCUACUGUACUGUAAAUACUAGUUAACACAUUCCAAUUAUGUUGUAAAGUAUAAGUCAUGUUAAAUAUGUAAUUAUAAUAUUUUGUGUAUAGUUUAAUGAAAUAAAUAUAUUUCUGUUGCUUACUGAGAAAAAUCAUUAGCUACUUAAUAUCUUCACAUUAAUUUUAUAAGUUUUAGUCGUGUAUCUCUCUUUAUUAUUUUUCAAACAGGUGGAGGAAGAGAAUAACAACAGAAUGAGAUAUUUUAUUAUUGUAUGUUAUAACGUAAUAAAGAAUUUGUUUAAAAAAUAAGAAAAUUAUUGGAGCAAGGUUUAUGUGGUCCUACAUUGAUUAGCGAUUACUACAGACUAUGGGCGCACACGUAACCGCGUGCAUACAUAUAUAAUAGAAAUAUAAAAUGCAUGCACAUACGCAUGUGUGCGUGUGCAAGUACGAGUACGUGAAAAUUAAAACAAAAAGAAAAAAAAAAGGAAAAAUAAAUAAAUAAAUAAGUAUAUAAAUAUAUAUAUUGAUAUUGAUUUAAUAUAUAAAAUAAAAACACAGACACAAACACACAUCCAUAUUCUCUUAUCACAGUUGUUGAAUAGAUAAAUAUUUAACCUAAUAUUAAGAUAAAGAUCGAAGGUAGUAAUUUUUCAUUAAGAUUAUAUUAUUCUUUAGUUAAUAGUAAGAAAUUUUUCAGUGCUGUGAAGGUUGUCUUUUGACGCCUGUGGUACCCAAGCCGUCGAAUGAUAUGCGUGCUAAAUUUCAAGUUCGGAUGUGGCAUUGUGAACAACAAUUAUCCUUGCUCGUAAUUAGCUAGCUAUCGAUAGGAUUGCCUCCUGAAACUCCCCUUUGAUCACGUAUCAAACAAGUACCUGGGAAAUAAAAACUAUUUUAAUACUUCCAAUUUUCCAACGACGAUCGCAAUACGUGUAGCUAAGAAUAAAUAAUUCCUUAACGUUGAAUGAAUCUUUGAUGUGACCUUAGAUUAAGGGUCGUACGUUGCAUUAAAAAAAAUAAAAAGAAAAAAAAAAAAAAAAAGAAAAAAAAAGAGGAGUAACAGGCGGCCGAAAUAAUUUUCUGGGUAUCCAAAAAGGUUAUUAGGUACUCGUGAUUUCUACGAGUAAAGAUGAUCUAUGUUCACAGCUGCGUUUGGCUUUAAAUCAAUAUACAAGUAUGCUAAUGUGUUCUCAAAUUUUCCAAUCCGUCUGGUUCAAAAUGUACGAUCUGAUCAGAUACAAUCGAAAGAUUAUCGUUUUCUUCUUCACAUACACAUACACACGCACGCACACACACACACACACACACACACACACACACUUAUAUAUGUAUAUUUCUUCUUCGAUCCCUUGGAAAGCACAGUUUUAUUUCACUCAAACAGGAAUGUCUACCUCUUUUCAUAACUGUAUUAAGUUUUUAUACUUUUACAUUUUUAGUAACCGCAUACCUCAGUACACACACUUUGACAGCAAUCCAUACACAAUAAGUUGGAUGUUGUUUUUCAUAGAACGGUACUUUUAGUUGCAUUAAUUCAUACGUGCAUAAGCAUACCAUAAUGUAAAAAGUUCCAUUGAGAAAUAUUGUAUUUGUCGUAAUGUCCAUGUCGCUUUAGUUAUAAAUAUACAUGUUACUAAUUAAAUUAUACUUGCGAUCUGUAUAUUGUACCAAAAUAGAAAUCUAGUAAAUAAUGUCAAAGGUUAAUUAUACACGCAUGGCCCCACGUUGCUGUUUGGGUAAGGCAAGUUAAAAACGUGUGUCAUAUUUAUGUUAUAACAAUUACAUUUACUUUCGGAAAUUGUGCUGAUCACAUCGAUAUGAUAAAUAUCACGAUAUAAUUUGAACUAUCGCAAAUACCAUUCAUUUUAAAUAUUUAGUUCUUAAUUGACCGUUCUUUAUCCACGUCCAAGAAUAAAAAAUAAUCGUUUCAUUCAUUAUUUUACAUCAUUUUAAAUAACGAUUAUUAUCGAAUAACAGCGUUAGAAAUUCUACUCAAUAUACCUCUGAUGCAAAAUGUUAACUAGACAAAAUGAUAUAUAAUUUAAUGUAAAUGUGAUUCCUUCAUCGCGCGAAUAUAUAUCACGAAAAAUUUAUUUUAACACGAAAGGGAAACUCAUACGUUGUUAACACUGCCAUUAGAAGCUGGCAAUUGUAAAUUAUGUAGAAAAAUUCAAUGAUUGUAAAUAUAUCUUUAUUAUUAACAAA